AUGUCUCACAUCGACUUGACCACCGAAGGACAGCCAAGCCCCUCUCCAGUUCGCUCGAACGCAAGAGAGGCUUCGAACGAGCUUGAGCUUGCCUGGAGGACGCUGUCGGGACUGAAGAGCACGAGCUACAACGAGGGCCUCAAGAUCAUCAAGUGGGCCGGACUGCUGGAGCCAAAAUUGGAGUUUGACACCCAGGCGUCCGGGCUUCUCUUCGAGUCCCCGCUUCAGUUCCGACACACCUUUGACGAGCUACAGGCACGUAUGAUAGAGGCUCAGUGCUCGGUGAGCUAUUUCGAUGGCACCUCCGCUUACGGCAAAUGUGACCUUUCCCUGGGUCACCUCAUUCAGGCCAUUUCGUCUUCGGCGACAGGUUCGUACGGCGAUCUCCGAACACCCAUCAUCGCACAUGUAACGUCAGAUUCGCGAAACUACAAGAGCACAAAGGGCCUCGUCCAGGCCGGUCAAGCCGAAGCCACGGCCGACAUGUUUGGCGGGCUCUCAACCGUGUCGCCGUGCGCCGUCUUCUCCCAGGAUUGGUCGCUAUUCGUGAGCAGCCCCGGCGCCCUUCAGCCCAUCACCAUUGAUGGAAGCUUCACUUCAGCAAUCAUCGUCGUCACGCACGGCUCUCAGCUCGUGAUCACCUUCGAAAGGUCCGAGUCAAACAAAGCCGUCAUGAAACGCGAGCACACCUACAAGACAACGACUUCGCUGUUGCGUGCGCUGAGUGGACCCCAGUUCCUCUACCAGCAGCCUGGCCAGGCGGUCUAUAUCGCAAGUGGUCAGGCGUACUUGGUCCUCUCACUUCAAGCGGGGGCAAGUUAUGUGCUCGAUUGCGCAAACCCCUCGAAGAAGGAUUGGGAGCUCACAAUCAGAGCCAGGGAGAACACCUUCGAGGAAAUUCUCGAGCCUGACCAGACAGAGGAAAAUCUUCGAGGAGCACUGGCACGAGUCAAUGGCGAGAUCGAGCUUUGGCGCCGUUGCGUCUCACGAGUCAAUGGCGAGAUCGAGCUUUGGCGCCGUUGCGUCUCUCUCUUGCCAGACGAAAGGAAUUCCGAUCUGGACGCAAUCUCUCGACCCGAGGGCGAGGGCUUCCUCGCCAAGAUGACCCAAGGCCGAGACCGGGUCUGCGAUGCAUACGAACGUGUCAAAAGACAGAAUCGGGGGCCCGAAUUGGCUCAGGCAGCGGGGGCGGACGAGGCGGCUGUUCGACUUUCUCUGCACACAUGA